AUGAGCAAGAACAAUUUUCUCGGACUACAGAUACAAGAUAUAAAGAUAAAGAAAGAAGAAGAAGAACAAGAUGAUAAAGAUACAAUAACAAUAGAUAAAUUACAAAUAAAUGAUGAUCGUGAUGAGAAGCAGAAUACAAAUACUUCUACAACUUCAACUACGACUACAACAACAAUAGGAGCUGAUAAUGUAGCUACAACAACAACAACAGGAGAAAAGAAAAAGAAGAAAAAGAAAAAGAAUAAGAAGAAAAAGGUUACAACAGUAAUUGAAGCAGGUGAUAUUGUAGACGGUGUGAAUGACGAACACAACUACCAAUACGACUAUGGAAAGGUUAUAGAUGUAAAGAAUGUUGAUACGUCUAAACCAUGGGAUGAAGCUAUUCUUGGACAAUACCUCAAAGAUGCUGGUUUUGUUAAAGGUUCAGGUAACACUCCAAGAAACAAGGCAGAUAUAACACCAGUCUAUAUUGAAUUUGCAAACAAGCUAUUGUCGCAAUUGCCUGAUCAAUCGUACAGGGUCAACCUCACAGGACAUGGUAUGACCGACUUUGAAAAGGCCUACUCUAUCAUUGGGUCUCCAGUCUUUGAAAUAUUGCAACGUCAUACUCCACCAUCCUACACCACCAUUGCAACGUUGUUGGUCGUCACAGCAUAUGUUUUGGGGUUCCCUGGGUUUGGACGUGGUCCAUUACCCAACAUAGUCAAGGAAACAUUGGUCAAGAUGAAUAAGGAGAUUCCUCGUAACGAACCAGACCUCAGUGCCAAGCUUCUGUACACCAACAAUAGAUACUUUGGUUUGGUAGAUCAACAACACAAGAUUGUAUGGGACAAGACCAAGUUGACUCAAUACCUCCUCACCAACAGUAUCAGAAAAUACACGACCACCAAGUAUCCACCGACAGAAGACAACUUUAGUCGUAUCUUGGUGUUGUGUAAAUUGGUGAUUAGUUUGGUCAUCAUGAAGAAUAAUCCAUCCAUCUAUACACAGGAAAUGGCUUUGGAAUCGGUACAACUAAAAGAGACUGUUGAAGAGGCACUUGACAGACUUGGUCGUAUGGCAUUACCGUUUUGGGGAAACAAGGAUUGGGGUUACGAUAUGCGACAAUUCGUCCUAGGUGUCACACUUUUGGCAUUUCAAACAGGUAUCUCCAAUUUUGUUCACCCACCUUUAAUAGCUGGUUGCCUCAAGACAGAGAUAUUGGCCACUCUAGAAUAUCCUCAUUUAGAAUUUGACUCUGAUAUCCAAACAGCAUUCAACAAUAUUUAUCAAAGUAUAAACAACACCAACAGUAGCAACAACAAUGACAAUAACAAUAAUAAAACAACAACAACAACAACAACCACCAUCAACAACAAAUAG